UCAUGGCAGCGCCCACCGUCAAUACGCUGCAGUAGGCAAACUGGAACUAUGCCACCAUACUAGAACGUAGGUCUUUUCCAGAGUCUGUGCAUGCUGUUACAGUAGACGUUUUGUUCAGCAAACGGUCUCGUUUUUGAGUUCACUAUGCACCGGAAUCCUUGUGCGAACAUUCCUGUUUGAUUUUAUAGCGUUGCUCUUCGCUGAAAUGACGUUAGAGCAUCAGGAACCGGGCCAGCGCACUUAGUUUCUUGUGAAUCUCCGACACUGUUACUGAACUGUCAAACACUGCAGCAUUUGCUGCGAAGAAAAAGCGCGCGGCGACAGCAAGUGUUCGUCUUCGUAGCUGCCUCCCGACUCGCACAACAAGCUUCGCACAAUGAACUACAAUCUGCAGACCGUCGAAGCUUGUUUUACACCCAACAUACUUUUCAAGUGGCUGGAUAGGUGUGGAUAGCUCUGAGGCAGCUUUACUGCAACACUGGCGCUGGCUAUGCUGAAGCAAAUCGAUACCUGACUGAGAUGCAGGCAUCAGUUCAAGCAUGGGGCAUUGCCUGGCAGCUUCUUGACAUGACCAAGCCAGUGGAGGUUCAGUACUUCGGUGCGACGACCUUACACACCAAGCUGUCACGGCACUGGCACCAACUGCUACCACACGAGUACGAAGACUUACGAGUCCGAUUAUUGCAAGCCGUAGUGAACUAUGCGCGUGGCCCGAAACUCGUCCUUACCAAAGUCUUGGUGGCUAUGGCGUCGUAUGUUGUGAACACAAUUGGAAGCUUCUGGACUUCUGCUAUCGACGAUCUGCUCCUAUCAUUUUGUCCAAAGGUGUUCACUAUCCUGGCACCUGACCACCUCCUGAAACUCUUGCUGGAGCUUCUGACCAUCAUUCCUGAGGAGCUGCAGUCGACAGAGCAGUCGAUCCGAGGUCCAAGUCGGCAGCCACUGGAAGCGUCCAGCGGCAAAAUCUUGACCUUUAUCAACCAGCUCGCUGUGCUAGAUGCUGAUGCUCUGCGUUGUCUCAGCUCGUGGUCCCAGCUUGGCUUUGACUGGGAGAAGCAGUUGGCAUUGCUGCCACGAAUAUUCAUGUGCAUCAGGGAGCCAGAGCUCUGCCGGCCUGCCACUGAAGUGCUGACCGUCAUUGCUGGACAACCGGACCUUCACAAGUACCCCAAGUUUGUCUUGGAGAUGGUUGAACGUGUGGUGCAGUUAGAAGACGUCUACUCUGAAAAAAUGGCCUCUGGUGAUAUGGAAUCGUGUGGUCACCUGUGCAGUCUGCUUGUGGAAAUCGUAGAGUGCCAUGCCCACAGCUUGGUGACGAUGCUCCUCUCUAAGCCUGACCACAAGCUCAUGAUACUGAGGCUGUUUGACCACCUGUUGAAGUUCACUGGGACACCUCGUCAGUACCCGAUAGACGAGACGUGGAGCCGAGGCUCUCUUCCCGCCUGGCACGCCCUCCAGGAUGCAGUCUCCUCAAUCGAGGGCUCCCAGCACGAAUCCCUGCUGCUUCUGCUGCAGCCGCUCUGGCAGAAUCUGUUUGAGGCCCUUCUGCGCAAAGCACAGCUGCCUCCAGACGACUCUCUCUGGGAUUCGGAGGAGAAAGACUCCUUGCGGUGCUGUCGCCAGGACAUCGGAGACUGCAUUAUGGCUCUGUUUGAUAUCUUGCGGGAGAGUCUGCUCGCGGCACUCGCCGUUCACCUUGAACUGGCGAUACGGGCCCUCGAGAAGGACAGCCAGGCCUGGCCGGCAGCCGAGGCGUGCCUGUUGGCACUCCAGUCUGUGGCAGAGAAUGUCAGGCCCCACCAGGAGCCGUACCUGGGACCCCAGUUCCGUGCGGCCCUGCCCCACCUCAUGCGGGACCCACGCCUCCAGCCAGCUACCCUGGUUUGCCUUGGCUCCCUCGGCAGCUGGCUACAGGACCCGCAGCAGCUUGGUGUGGUGCUGCCUGUGCUUCUUGCGGGCCUGGAGGCGGGCCCUAAGAUGUCUAUGGCAGCCUCCCUGGCCCUCAAGGACCUUGCCCGGGAUUGCCCUCAGGCUCUUGCUCCCCACACCCAACCCCUGCUGGAGGUCACCCAGCGACUUCUCCUGGGGCAGCAGCUGCGUACUCGUGAGAGGGUUCGCCUGCUGAGCUUGGCCGGCCAGCUGUUGGCAUCUUGGGACCUCAGACUCUCCGAAGCUUGGCUAUCCACAGUGCUGGAUUACCAGCUACAGCUGCUGCAAGCAGGGCAGCCCGCAGUGGGGGAGGCAUUGCGCGAGCUGGCAGCGCUCGUGUCAGGGCUGGCAGGUCGCGAGGAACCACCCUCGCUGGUCGAGCCAGUUAUGGCGCAAGCCCUGCCUGCUCUCCAUGCUGUUGCUGCCAGCCAUGCCCAUGAUGAGGACACCAUUGGUGCUCUUUGUGAGUGCAUAAAACGGGCAGCUGUGUCACUUAGUCUGCCUGCAGCCGAGCAGCUCCUGUCUCUUUUGGUUCAACUUCAAGAGGCAUGUCCUCAGGCAAGCGUUGUGGAGGCCUGUCGGCCACUACUGUUGAUGUUAUCUAUUCCUGCUGACAAGUCUCACCCGGCCGCAGCUCCAGCCCUCGGACGGAUCUGUAAUGCAACCUUGUUGCCAGCGACAUCAUCCUUUAGCAACUUUCAAGAAAACACAGCCGUCCUGGAGUCGUUUUACCAGCUUCUCGGCAUCCUUGCCCGCAAGGCUGCUUACCUGCUGAGCAGUGAGGCCGUCAACCUCUCCAUGGUGUUCCAGUGUGCUAUCGUGGCCAUUACACUUCCUGAGAAAGGGACAGUCAAGGCAGCUGCACUGUUUCUGGCCGAGGUGAUCCAGCAGAGCCAGCAGCAUGUGUCGCUUGUACAACUUGUACAAGUGGUCAAUACUUUCCGGAUGUCUCUUCUGGAGAGGUGUUUCAUGGUGGUUGGUGGGGGCGAGUCGCCACGAUCAUCGGUAGAGCCCAUGGCCGACGUGGUGCUGGCGCUGACCAAGCAGAACCUGCAGGCCACCACCCAGGGCAUCACGCAACUGCUCAUGCAGCCGGGUUUCCCGAGCCCACAGCUGAAGCACGAGCACAGACUGCGAUACUUACAUCAGCUGCUUAGAGAGAGGACCAACAAGCGCCUCAUUAAGGAGACACUCGUCGAAAUGAGCCUCGAGUGCCGGGGACUCGUGGGCACAGAGUAUGCAACCCAGACAACGCAGCAAUUCCCAUAGGCUGCUCAACAAGCUGUGUGAUAGAGAACAACUUUUUGUGGUGGGUUGGGUGGCUCGUGUUUAACAGAAAAAGGGUUUCUGUGCGAAAGGGACAAAUACGCAGAAAAGGCACACGAAACGACAGGGGGUAGUGCACGCUUCCAACUUCAUUGAAAGAAACAUCAACAAAUGAAUAUACAAGUAAUCAAAGCCUUUUUAUUUUUACCCCAUGACACAGUCUCAAGUGUGCAAGCGUGUCUUUCAUUUUAAUCACUGACAAAGAUGCUUUAUUUCCGCAUAGUCAUAUUUGACAGAUUCAGCCUUUAAAUCACUGACUCUUAAAACAUUUUCAUGAGUUGGUUCAUAACUAAGAAAAAAAAAAACUGGAUGAGAUGAGUAGUGCCAGUUCUCGUCUCGUCCUCGUUUUUUAGUUCUAUUGUUUUUUUGUUUUUUUUUUCUCGACUCGUGUUGUUUUUGUAAGCACAGACCCAUUAAGUUGCCGCAGUCAUGAAUUUCUGCAUUAUAACUAAAACAAUAUUUUUUAAAGGCUGUUGCAUUUGAACUUGCAUCACCAAGCAGACCAAGUGCAUGACUAAGCAGCAUGACCAAGCAGCACGACCGUGACCAUGUUGCAUGACCAAGCAGCCGUGUGGGUCCCGAAAUCAAAGCUUACGACUGGGACUUACCCUGUUUUGUUAGCAAGGUGCUUCCUUCACUGUCCAAGUGCCGUACCGCCACUGUGAAGCCAGAGUAAAAGGCUUCUCCGUCACCUAGGAUAGCCUUUUGUGCCCGCUGAACGAGCAUGCUGCUCCGACAUUUUUUCCUCCUUUCCUUGUUUGCACGCGCUCUCUGUGUCUCCUCCGCAUCACUCCAGUUGCUCCCACAUCGGCCGGUGCACCUUGCCGAGAAGCACGCUCGCUCCCUCGCUUGUUUGCGGGAUUUUCCGGCAACUGCAUUAUAGCGGGUAUUCUGUCUUACGCGGCUGAACUAUAAGCAGUAUGCAUAUACCUCGAGUUCUAUGGAAAAAUAAACGGGACUCAGAAAAUGAAGCAUUGUAUCCGGUCCUGCACUGUAAGCAGUUAUGUUAUAAGUGGUCUGAGAUGUACAUGAUAUGUGGCACUUGUAAUAGCUUGCUUAUAUAUUCAUUUGCCAACAGGGCCUUUAAUAAGGUUGGAAGUCUGCGCUAAGUCCUGUCAUUUCAUGUGCCAUUUCUGCAUAUUCGUCUCCUUGCACAGUAACUAUUCUGUCUGUGAUAUCAUUCGAACUGAGCACCCUGUUUUUUGUUUUAUUUUAUUUUUUUGUUCGCACAUCAUAGCAGACGACAAAAUCAGUAUGCUACUGACUUGUAGCACUCAUCAACGCAUUUACCAUUGUUGUGAAGAUCUCAGCCACACUUCAGAUGAUGAGACUCUAUUGUGUAUGGCUGUGUGUUCAUGAAGCAAUAGCAGAACUGUCCAGCAGCUUGCAUACUGUUGCCAAAAUAUUCCUUUGUAUUCAUGAGUGACUCACCUUGUAUUGAAUGUUUCUCCACUCUUUGUUUCACCUCAACUCCAGAAAGUGGAAGGCAUUGAAGUAGUUGCUAUAUUUCAGCAAUGCUCUUAGGUGAAUUCUGAGCUAAGUCAGGCAAGAUUACCAUCUGUUAAAGUCAAGGCAAUCUUCUUAUUUACCUUCACUUAUAUGUUCUCCAGCAGGUACGAGGACAGAAGUUUGUACAGUUGUAGCAGAAUUUCAAUACAUGCAAAAGAGAAUGUUCUUGCCAGUUUUUUGUACAGAUUAAGACUUCAGCACCAAUGAGCAGUAGCUGCUCUGUUGGCCUUGUUUUCUUGUACAGUUUUAUAAAGGUGUUCACAACUGAAA